CUGGAAAUGAAUCCGGGCGUCCGGCUCCGAGUGUAGCCAGUAGAUGCGUCCGGGGGGGAUCGGAAGAGCGAGUGGCUGCGGAAACAAGAUCCCAGCGGCAAACAGGCGGAUUAUUAUUUUGAAGACAUUUUGAAAACCCGUUGCUAAAACUUGAAGAUAUUGGUACUAUUAUAAACGAAGAUCAAGGACGAUGCCAUUAAUUUAUCAAAACACUUCCAGUGCCAGAGUUAUACAACAACCAUAAAGAUAAUUGGAACCUUGUUCUUCAAAAUGGAAUAUCUCCGUCUCAUUUUUAAUGCUUCAAAGAACUGUAAACAAUCUUCAAACAAAGUAGUUUUAUUUCUCUUUACUUUAACGGCAUUAGCAGUUCUAGUUUGCACUGAUGAGGACUACUAUAAAUUGCUUGGAUUAUCAAAAAGCGCAACUAAUCGACAGAUCAGGCAAGCAUUUAAGAAGCUUGCCCUCACAAUGCAUCCUGAUAAAAAUCCAAAUAAUCCAGAUGCACAUGACAACUUUUUGAAAAUAAAUAGAGCGUAUGAAGUUUUAAAAGAUGAGGAUCUUCGGAAAAAGUAUGAUAGAUAUGGUGAGAAAGGCCUGCAGGAUCACCAGGGUGGUCAGUACGAAAGCUGGAACUUCUACCGUUAUGAUUUUGGCAUCUAUGAUGAUGAUGUUGAAAUUAUAACAUUGGAUAAAGGGGACUUUGAUGCUGCAGUUACCUCUGGAGAAUUAUGGUUUGUAAACUUCUACUUCCCUCGGUGCUCACACUGCCAUGAUCUGGCUCCUACGUGGCGAGAAUUUGCCAAAGAGAUGGAUGGAGUAAUCCGCAUAGGAGCAGUGAACUGUGGGGAUAACAGGAUGUUGUGUCGUUCCAAAGGAAUCACCAGUUACCCAAGUUUAUACAUCUUUAAAGCAGGAGGGAGUCCAGUGAAAUAUUUUGGAGAUCGCUCAAAGGAGGAACUUGUUAAAUUUGCCAUGAAGUACGUCACAAGCCAGGUGACAGAAUUAUGGACAGGAAACUUUGUAAGUGCUUUCAACUCAGCAUACUCUUCAGGGAUUGGAUGGCUGGUCACUUUCUGUGAAGAAAUAGGAGAUUGCUUGUCUUCACAGACACAACUUAAGCUAGCUGGAAUGCUGGAAGGUCUUGUUAAAGUAGGUUGGAUGGAUUGCAAAACUCAGGCUCAACUUUGCAAAGAUUUAGAGAUAACCUCCAGUACAACGCUUUAUUUUCCACCUGGUUCUACUAUUAAACAGAAGGACACAAUCCUGUCUCUCCAUAGCCUGGAUGCCAGAGAAAUAUACAUUGAGGUAAUGCAGCAUUUACCAGAUCUGGAGAAGCUCACUGAACAUUCCAUCCAGAACAAGUUAGCCCAUCAUCGAUGGCUGGUGUUCUUUAAAUUUGGUGACACAAGAGAGACUGGUGAAUACGAGUUUAAAAAGUGUAAGGCUCUUCUACAAAGUGACAACAUCCAGGUUGGAACUUUUGAUUGCCAUGCAGGAUCACGCAUCUGCAAGAACCUCUACAUACAUCAGCCUUGUGUUGUAAUAUUCAAAGGCAGUGGAACACAUGCCUUUGAAAUUCAUCAUGGUAAAAAGGUUCUCUACGACAUCGUAUCUUUCGCCAGAGAGAGUGUCAGUGCACCUGUUAUCACACUAAAUCCAAAGAAUUUUCCAACAAACCAAAAAGAGCCUUGGCUUGUCGACUUCUUUGCACCAUGGUGUCCUCCUUGUCGAGCCCUUUUACCGGAACUACGUAAAGCUUCCAAACAGUUGGUUGGUCAACUUAAGUUUGGAACAUUGGAUUGUACAAUGCAUGAAGAUUUGUGUAAUAGACACGGUAUUCAAGCUUAUCCAACGACAUUGAUAUUCAACCAGUCCAAUGUUCACGAGUAUGAGGGCCAUCACACAGCUGAUGAACUUUUGGAGUUUAUUCAGGAUCUCAUAAAUCCCUCAGUCAUUGCACUGACACCAGAAAACUUUGAAGGAUUGGUUAGAAGGAAAUCACAAGAUGAAGUUUGGAUGGUGGAUUUCUAUGCUCCAUGGUGUGGUCCCUGUCAAGCAUUGAUGCCAGAAUGGAAGAGGAUGGCCAGGAUGCUAAAUGGAACGGUCAAAGUAGGCAGCAUGGACUGUCAGAAGUACUAUUCCCUGUGUCAGAAAGAAAAUGUGCAGGCCUACCCAGAGAUACGACUCUUCCCACUGAACACUAAUAAUGCUUAUAAAUACCAUAGCUAUAAUGGUUGGUCCAGGAAUGCACAGUCACUUGGGUCUUGGGCACUUGGAUUUCUUCCUCAAACUUCCAUAGAGUUAACACCAGAAGACUUUACAAACAAAGUGUUAAAGGGGAAGGACCACUGGGUGAUUGAUUUCUAUGCACCUUGGUGUGGCCCUUGCCAGAACUUUGCUCCAGAGUUUGAACUUCUUGCUAAGUCAUUCAAGGGCAAAAUAAAAGCAGGAAAGAUGGACUGUCAGAAUAACCCACAUACUUGUCAAAACGCUGGUAUCAGAGCAUACCCUACAGUCAAAUUCUAUCCUUUUCAAGGAGAAAAGAAGAAAAGUGCCACAGGUGAAUAUAUAAACAGCAGAGAUACUAAAGUGAUAUCUGAGCUACUGAGGAAAGGUUGGAGGAGCUGCAGCCAAAGAUGAGCACAUUUUCAACUAAAAAGGAUGAACUAUAAAAUUGAUGCACAUUUCUCUCUAGAAGUGGUGUUGUCAGCUGAGAUUCUGCAAUAACAUCAACAAUCAUUGAAAACAAACUGUAUUCUGUUCUGGUCAAGGCAUACUGGAUGAAACUCAUACUGCAAACUAGGUCAUCCACCCAUAAAUAGAAUCGAAUGAACUGCAGCAGAAUGUGCACAAAAAUAAAUUCUCUUUGGCAAGUUACUGAAGGAUUCCUUGAUACCUCAUAUAUUGGCACAUUUGUCAUUAACUUUUUGUGUAUAAUGGUAUUUGACAACUUACUAGCCUACUAUAUUAAAAUAUUUCUGAACUGUUUUGAGUAUUUAGGAUAUUAAUUAAGAAUAUCACUCCAUUCAAUUAAGGUGAUGUGAAUUGGGAAAUUGGAACAUCAUUCUACCAGCUUUGUCUACUGUAAUUUGGUUUGCUGGUGUAGCAAGUUAAAGGGUUCACUGGUGAUAUUAUGCACUGAUGUAAAUGAUGUGAGAAGAACUGCUCUGUUUGCAAAAGAAAAUGACUUGCAUGAAUUCUAAAACAAUUAUUUGAGGUCUGGUUUACAAAAAUAAGUGACCUAGUAUGUCCUAUAUAUGUAUCUUUGUUUUGGACAAUACCUGAUUUUUCAACUCAUAGUGUACUGUUUCAGUAUGUUUGAGCAUUGCAAAUUAGUGUACAAUUUUGUUAGUUCUGGUGAUGCCUAAUUAAAUUUUUACAAGUUCUUUUGUAUAUCCUGGGUUUUGUGGAAUUGGGUUUAUCCAUGUAAUGUUGGUGAAAGAGAUUUACUUGGAAGCCAGAGUAAAAACACUCCUUAUAAAUUGAAUAAGAAAUACAUUAAUAACUGACCAUUUCCAAUAGGUUCUCUGUGGUAGUGCAUUAUCUGUACUUCAUUCUAUUUAAUCUGGGCUACUUUUGACAACUGACAUCUGCUAAUGCAUAAUACUGUACAAUGAUGAAUUUUUAAAUGGCAUUUUGACUGCAGUAUUGGAUAUCGUUACAUGGUUUUCAGUUGUGUAAUGAAAGAGAAGAGUUGAAACUUUAUUUCUUGCUGUGCAGGAGAAUCUCCUAACUAUCCUCUUAUUUUAUGUGGUAGCAUGAAUAUUAAGCUAUCCAUACCACAAGUGAAGAUUUAAGGUUGCUUUGGGUGUAAUCAAUCAUACGAAAUUUGUUGCGUUUUAUGCAAAAUGUGCUCAUGUAAUUCUCAAAACAAACCCUAGCUGUUUAUUUUGACACAAUGCAGCCACACUUCUAGAAUAAGUCACAUAUUUUGUAUUGGGCAAACACAGAGAAAUGAAUUUUUAUCUAUUUUGUGAAUUGCAUUUUAAGUUUUCAAAGUAAUUUGUCUUACUUCUGUGUCUCUCUUAGUUGAAUGUUUCACAAAUGCCUUAACCCACUUCUGGUGCAGGGUUAGUUAGGUCAAACUAGUAUUCAUUACUAAAAUCUCAAAUUUGAGCUGCUCAGUCUGUAGAUAGUUGAGAGAUGCUGUGUCAAGGUGGUAUUAAAGGAAAAUAAAAACAAAAAAUCUAGUGAAAA